AUAUCGCUCAGCCGAUAUGACAUACAUCCCACCGCCAGCAGCUCAGUCCUCUCACCGUCCAGUAUCAGAGAACAGGCGAUCAUCUGUGAAGAACCGGGUCAUGUUAAUACAGACAGGAUAAGUUCCACAGAAGAUGUUAUAAUGGCGAUUCCCAGAGAGCUCACACAAAACCCACUGCGAAAAAUAUGGAUGCCAUGCAAGAACGGGCUACCGGAAAAACACAUUUCUCAGAAAAGAGUUUGCAUGACCAACUGUCCCACUCUCAUUGUGACUGUUGGCCUGCCAGCGAGAGGCAAAACCUACAUUUCUAAAAAACUCACACGCUACCUCAACUGGAUUGGUGUACCAACAAAAGAAUUCAAUGUGGGACAGUAUCGGAGAGAAUGUUUGAAAAUCUACAAGAGCUUUGAAUUCUUUCGCCCUGAUAAUGAGGAAGGGCUGAAGAUAAGAAAGCAUUGUGCUUUGGCAGCACUCAAUGAUGUCAGACAGUACCUCAGUGUUGAGGGCGGCCAGGUUGCUGUGUUUGAUGCCACAAACACAACCAGAGAACGGAGGGCCACCAUCACGAGAUUUGCAGAACAAAAUGGCUAUAAGGUGUUUUUUGUGGAGUCGGUGUGUGAAGACCCCAACAUUAUUACAGAAAACAUUGUGCAGGUGAAGCUAGACAGUCCGGACUACACUGACUGCAACACUGAAGAAGCCAUCCAGGACUUUAUGAAGAGGAUCAAAUGCUAUGAGAAGAGCUACCAGCCACUGGAUGAAAACCUAGACAGAGAGUUGUCAUACAUUAAAAUCAUGGAUGUGGGUCAGCGGUAUCUGGUGAACCGUGUACUCGACCACAUCCAGAGCAGAAUCGUUUAUUAUCUGAUGAACAUCCACAUCACACCACGCUCCAUCUACCUCUGUCGACAUGGAGAGAGUGAGCUUAACGUCAGAGGUCGCAUCGGAGGGGAUUCGGGCCUGUCGCCCCGCGGUAAAGAGUUCGCUCAGUGUCUAGGGAGGUUUAUACAGGAUCAGAAUAUAAAGGAUCUCAAGGUGUGGACGAGUCAGAUGAAGCGGACUAUUCAGACCGCUGAGGCGCUGGGUGUACCGUACGAACAAUGGAAAGCCCUCAAUGAGAUUGAUGCUGGUGUUUGUGAGGAGAUGAUGUAUGAAGAGAUCCAGGAACAUUAUCCUCUGGAGUUCGCCCUCAGAGACCAGGACAAAUAUCGCUACCGUUACCCUAAAGGAGAGUCUUAUGAGGAUCUUGUCCAGCGAUUGGAGCCAGUCAUUAUGGAGCUUGAACGGCAGGAGAAUGUGUUGGUUAUUUGUCACCAGGCUGUUAUGCGCUGUCUGCUUGCUUACUUCCUGGACAAGAGUGCAGAAGAGCUGCCGUACCUGAAAUGCCCCCUACACACAGUCCUGAAGCUGACUCCUGUGGCCUAUGGCUGCAAAGUGGAGUCGAUCUAUCUGAAUGUGGAGGCGGUGAACACUCACAGAGACAAACCUGAGAAUGUGGACAUUUCCCGUCUGCCAGAGGAGGCUCUUUUCACUGUUCCAGCCCACUACUGACCGAUGACAUCACAUCCUGUACAUCAGCAACACUCCAUCAGGCUGCUCCAUCCUUUUUAUGUGACUCCUCUCGUUGGUUUCUGAGUGUUUAGAAACGCUGGGCAGAAAGUCAGUUAUGAGUCCUGAAGAUGAGCAACUUUAAGCCUCAUAUUUGUAUUAUCCUGUCUUCUCAAUUGCCACAUAGGUGACUGGAAUCCAGUUAUUGAUUAAUAACCCUAGUGUUGGGGUGCGAGUGUGUAUGUGUGCGCGUUUGCGCGUGUAGUUCU